GGAAGCGGCGCCCACGUGGUUCCUGCCGGCAGCCGCCGUGGGGUCCUGUACCGAGCUGAGCGGGGCGUACCGGGCGCCAUGGACCCACUGCGGGCCCAGCAGCUGGCGGCGGAGCUGGAGGUUGACAUGAUGGCCGACAUGUACAACCGGAUGACGCAGGCGUGCCACCGCAAGUGCGUCCCCCCCCACUACAAGGAGUCAGAGCUAUCGAAGGGGGAGAGCGUCUGCCUUGACCGCUGUGUGGCCAAGUACCUGGAGGUGCACGAACGGAUGGGCAAGAAGCUGACAGAGCUGUCACUGCAGGACGAGGAGCUGCUUAAGCGCAUGCAGCAGGGCACCGGCACUGCCUGACCCCCCUUGGUGCCCCACCGGAACCACAAUAAACCCCAGGCUUUGGGCCACCUGGUUCCA